AUGAGGGCUGCCUUCGCUAGGAGUGCUGCCUUCGCAAGGAGUGCUGCCUUCGCAAGGAGUGCUGUCUUCGCAAGGAGUGCUGUCUUCGCAAGGAGUGCUGUCUUCGCAAGGAGUGCUGUCUUCGCAAGGAGUGCUGUCUUUGCAAGGAGUGCUGUCUUCGCAAGGAGUGCUGCCUUCACAAGGAGUCCUGCCUUCGCAAGGAGUGCUGCCUUCACAAGGAGUGCUGCCUUCGCAAAAAGUGCUGCCUUCGCAAGGAGAGCUGCCUUCCCAAGGAGUGCUGCCUUCCCAAGGAGUGCUGCCUUCCCAAGGAGUGCUGCCUUCCCAAGGAGUGCUGCCUUCCCAAGGAGUGCUGCCUUCCCAAGGAGUACUGCCAUCGCAAGGAGUGCUGCCUUCGCAAGGAGUGCUGCCUUCGCAAGGAGUGCUGCCUUCGCAACGAGUGCUGCCUUCGCACGGAGUGCUGCCUUCGCAAGGAGUGCUGCCUUUGCAAGGAGUGCUGCAUUCAGAAUGAGUGGUGCCUCCGCAAGGGGUGCUGCCUUCGCAAGGAGUGCUGCCUUUGCAAGGAGUACUGCCUUCGCAAUGAGUGCUGCCUUCGCUAGGAGUGUUGCCCUCGCAAAGAGGGCUGCCUUCGCAAGGAGGGCUGCCUUCGCAGGGAGUGCUGCCUUCACUAGGAAGGCUGUCUUCGCAAGGAGGGCUGCCUUCGAGAGGAGGGCUGCCUUCGCAGGGAGUGCUGCCUUCGCAAGGGGUAAUGCCUUCGCAAGUAGUGCAGCCUUCUCAGGGAGUUCUGCCUUUGCAACGAGUGCUGCCUUCCAAUGA